AUGUCAUCAAAAAAGGAAUCAAUUCUAUUCAUAGCUACUCCCAAUGAGUCUUCUUCUAUUUUAAAAUCUCCUGAAUUUUCUUCGAAGUUUAAUAUCAUCAAUUACACUUUAAACACUAUCGACAAUUUUCUGGAAUUCCUAAAGAAUCAUAAUGGUGAUAAUAUAGUUGCCAUUUACGGUGGCUAUCCAGCAUUUUCACCAAUUGGAGGGUUGACUAGAUCACUUUUAGAACAUCCACACUUUCCAAAACAUACAUUGAAAUGUAUCGUGUUAUGUUCUCGUGGCUAUAAUGGUAUUGAUUUAGAAGCAUUGAAAGAUCAUGGUAUCAAAUUGUUCAAUUAUCAAGAUGAUGAAAUAGAUGAAAAUACCAUUGUAAAGGAUUUCAAGAAAGGAUUAGUAGGUAACGAUGUCGCUGACUGUGUUAUGUGGCACCUAUUAGAGGGUUUCAGAAAAUUCUCGUAUCAACAAAGAGUGACUAGAGAAUCCAAGGAUACUCUAACCGCUAGAAGUAACACUUGUGGGAAGCCAGGUUACGCAUUUGGUCAUGAGUUAGGACAAAUGAUAAAUAGAAAUAGCACUUUAUAUACUGAAUCACCAAGAGGUAAGAAAUGUUUGAUCCUUGGUUUAGGUUCAAUUGGGAAACAAAUUGCGUACAAGAUUGAUCAUGGGUUAGGAAUGGAAGUUCACUAUUCCAAGAGAACUGAGGAUAUAGAGAUUACACAAAUGUAUCCAAACUGGACUUAUCAUCCCUUCAACGACACAUUAUUGGAAAAAUUAGAUAUGUUCCAUUCCAUUGUCAUUUCAUUACCAGGCACACCAGAAACUCAUCAUUUGAUUAAUGAGAAAUUCUUAUCACACUGUAAAGCUGGCGAACUAAUUCUGGUCAACAUAGGUAGAGGUAAUAUCCUUGAACUGAGUGCUGUAAAGAAUGCUAUUAACGAAGGGAUUAUUAGACAUUUAGGUGUUGAUGUUUUCUACAAUGAACCUACUAUCGAUAAUGAUAUUUUAAUUGACGAUCGCUUGACCACCAUUACUCCACAUAUAGGUAGUAGUACCAAAGAUGUAUUUUCUCAAAGCUGUGAUAAUGCCCUUUCAAACAUCUUUAAUAUUUCAUUAGACCAAAAUUUCACGUCAUAUUCUCGCAUUGUGUAG